AUGCCAGACUGGCGCUCUGAGUACCUCUCAUCCUUCAAGGAUGCAGAGCUCAGCUCACAAAUGGCCGAUCGCAUCUCUGCUCUCGAGGCAGAAAAAGCCGCCCUCGAGGCAUCCAGGCCAUCAGCAGCCGGCAGAUCCCACCAGAAGCAGGCCAGUGGCAGUGGUGGCAACGACGACCCUACCAUAGCCCAGCUACGUCUUGAUCUGGCUGAGGCGAUGCGGUCCAAGGGCGUGUCCGAGGCACGCCUGCGUGCGGCAGAGGAGGAACUCGAUAAGCUCCGUAUCAAGACGAAAUCCGACACAAAGAACAUCAAGGCUCUCGAUGUAGAAAGGGCGGCGCUCAUCAGGAGACUAAAGGACCGGGAGCAUGAGUUGCGUGAGAAGAGGAAGCUUGUUGAGAACGUUCAGGAUGAGAUGAUUACGCUUAACUUGCAACUCUCCCUGGCCGAAAAAGAGCGCGACAAGGUUAAAAAGGAAAACAAGGAACUCGUUGACCGAUGGAUGAAGAGAAUGGGUCAAGAGGCGGAAGCCAUGAACCUCGCUAAUGAGACCAAGUCGUGA